CGUCAUUGGUUAAUUGAUGUGGCUUUGGUUGAAGCGCGCGCUGCUCUGCUCGGCGCCGUCAGUAGGUGGCGCGCGGACACAAAACGCAGGCCAAGUCUGUUUUUAGGAUAAAUGGUUCAAUUAUCACUGCGGCACCCUCCUCUCCUACCUCCUCUCUGAUGCGACACGCCCAGUUAUGCUGCCUAUGUCAAACCUUUUAUUUUGGUAAUAGCACAUGGCACCGCGAGCUCAUCCCAGUGACACCACCGCGCGCGCAGCCACAGGUGGCGUUCAUGCGUGCCACCUUCACAUCUAAGACAACCGAAGAGAGACACCAGACGGGAGGCUAGCAGCGCUUCAUCACUGCUUCAGCGCUCCUGCAUUGACGGAGGAAACUUAUAAAGCUGCUUUCUGCUCUGUUUAGGCGCAUUUUGGAGGCGGUUGUUGUUUCAGGAGGAGAACUGGGACCUGCUGUCUGCUCGGUGUGUGUUCAGGGUUUUGUCGAGGAGCGUCGAGAUUUAGCAGGUGGAGAAGGCACCUCAGAUCACCUCACCUUGGGUUUUGACAAGAGUGUGUGCAGACCUGAUCACUAAAUGGCGCUGACGGUGAACCUCAUUGGCCCUUCACCAUGGGGCUUCAGAAUAUUUGGAGGAAGGGACUUCCAGAAAGCCAUAACUGUAUCAAAGGUCAAUGCGGGCAGCAAGGCAGCACAGGCAGACCUGCAACCUGGUGACAUUAUCUUGCAGAUCAACGGAGAAAACGCUGCUGACAUGCUGAACGUGGAGGCCCAGAACAAGAUCAAGAGCUCGACUCAGCUGCAGCUUGUGGUUGAAAGACCUGAACCUCCCAGUCCUGGACAGACUAAUGGCAUUAGCACCCCCGAACAGCUCACCGGACGCUUCCAGGAGGCAGUAAUAGUCAGUCGAGAUGAAAAUCAGAAUUACAGCGAGUACACCAUCUCCAGCCCUGCAUCGCUCUCCCCUGGACCUUAUUCACCAGAUCCUCCUGCCAGCCCUGACGGGAAGAGGGACAGGCUGACACUGACCGGCAACAAGGGUGUCCAGCUGCGUCCAUGGUCUCCAGAGGACAGGAGUCACAGGCUGUCCAGACCACAGUCACAGGAGUUCUCCCCUUCAGACUACAGAAAUAUGUCCAGCAGAACCCCAACCCCGCCAGGACGCUACUCACCCCAUAGCCCCAUUGAUCGGGAUGUACCCAUGUCCCCUCGGCGCAGCAGUUCGAGCUCGGACUUCGCCAUGCAGAAGUAUGACAAGGAAUCGGAGGUGUACAAGAUGAUUCAGGAGAAUAGGGAGUUCCGCACGGCGCCUCGUCAGUCUAACACCUUUAACAUGCUGCGAGAGGUCCUGGAGGCUGAUGAAAAAGAGGCAGCCCUGCGGUUCCCAGGAAAACUAUCGCCCAGCGCCCCCAAACCAGGCACAUCAGUGGGAGGAGUCAAAAAAACCCACAUCUGUGAGAAGUGCGGCACUAGCAUUGUCACACUGGCCGUGCGCAUCUCGGACGACCGCUUCCGCCACGCAGAGUGCUACACUUGCGCAGAUUGCGGUCUUAACCUCCAGAUGAGAGGUCACUUUUGUGUCGGAGAUGUGAUGUACUGUGAGAAGCACGCCAACCAGAGGUACAAAGGCCCUCAAGUCACCGUGUGCCCUCACUAAUGUGUUUGCCACGCCUCACCUGCCCCGCUCUGGACGUAGAGUGCUGCUUAUCUGCCUGAGGCCCCACACCAUCUGACUCCGUUAUAGACCUUGGGAUGGGGCGUGGAGUCGGACACUGGUCAACAAAAUGGCAGAGGAUGUUCUUUUCUGAUCACAUUUAUCCAUACUUUGCAAUAUUAUGAUUCACUUUCUUGCCUUUCUUAUAAUAGAAUGAGAAUUGGGGCUUUGUUUUUCAUAUAGCCUGGCCUCCACGGUCUCUUUAGGUUAUUUUUGCUCUAAUGAUGCAUAGCUGCAAUGGACUCAAGCAACAUCACUUUGUACCAAGGCCAGAUUUACCUAACGCCAACGCUUUAGACAAACUCAACAGAACUAGCUCUCUGACGCUCUGAGGAUCUGGAUGAUCAUUUGAAUCUCCUGCUGACACAAAGGGACCAAAAUAUCACCUACACUGCAUGCCAUUUUAAAAAUGUACUGUACACAGACAGUGCUGUGUGUGUGGGUGUGUAAGGAUGCAUGCUUUCACAUGCAGGAGUGGCUUCUGCAUGCCUUUCCUGCAUCUGUGUGUGUGACUGUGUGUGUGCAUGAGCGAGGGAAGGGAUGCGGGGUCAAAGCUGUUACAAAUACGAAGGAGUUUGUGAAUUUUGAGCUAGAGUCAGGCCAAAAGCCCUUGAGUUUUUCUAUAAUUCUUUUGUAAGCAGAUUUAUGAGUAGAAAUAACAAAAAAAAAACAUAUUUGCUGACUUGUUUUGCUGUUUUGUUGCUUAUGAGGGACUAUAGAUUCAUACAAAUAUACAAAUAUUUUUGAUGUUUUUGUGGUUGAACUGUAUUCUAUAAUAUAGACCAUUUAAAAUGCAUAAUGUAUGCACAGGACAUUUAGUGUGAAAUGAAUUGAUGAUACUACACUUGUCCAGUUACAGCAGUACUCAGAGAUACACUAUAAUGUUUGCAUUUCAUGUGGCACUUAAUAAAAUCGCACAACCUGAA